UGCUCAACCGAUCAAAACAAACAUAAAAUCAUAAUUUUCAUCAUUUUUCAUCACUUUUCCUCCAAAAAUCCCUCAUCUCAAUGAAACCUUCGGGGAAAUUCUGACAUAAACGAUGAACAUCAACUGCAUUAUCUGCUCGGACCUCUUCAUUUCGGCGGAUUCAAUUGUCACAGCGGGUUCUUGUGGUCAUUGUUUUCACGUUCACUGCCUCGAACAAUGGCUCGAGAGGUCCAAAACGUGCCCGCAGUGUCGCAGCAAGUGCACACAACGCAACACAAUCCGCAUUUACCUGAAUAUCCUGUCGAACGAAGACUUGGCGGAGGAUGCCGGAACGUUAAUUACCAAAGUUGACAACUUGACGUUGCAGGUGCGACAAAAAGACGGCAAAAUUGGGUCUUUGGAGACUGAAAUUGAGAAAAGGAAGAAGGAACUCAGCAAGAGUGCAAAAAUCGUUCAAACCCUCGAAAAAAACUUAAAAACAACGGAAGCUCUCUUGAAUGCCCAUCGCGAGGAAGUAAAAUUAUUAAAACUGGACAAUGCUCAUGUUCAUCAAUUGGCAUCCGAGAACAAAGAACUGAAGCAAAAAGUAGAAAUUAUGAAAACUGUCGAGGAUGUCUUGGCAGCAACUGCUGCUGAAGUCGAAGAUUUAAUCAAGAAGGAAAAUGACCCUCGAGUCCUCGGAGUUUUAGUGACAUCGUUAAAAAGGGAACUAAAACAUGCCGAUUCGAAGAAACAAAUGUUAAGGGAGUCGAUGAAACUCACCCAAGCUGAUCAUAAACGAGAAAUGGAACAACGAAAAAAACUCGAAGAAAAAUGCGCCCAUCUCGAAGCUGAAGUCUACAGACUCGAACAAGAAUUAAAAAAUUCCCUCGAUUCAACAACUUACAUCUCUCCCGUCAAUCAAAAAUCACUCAAAACGAGUCCAAUUGACGUCAAAUCGCCAUCGCGCUUCAAAUUCGACGACGAACCGAAGCCAAAAUCCGAUUCGCCGUAUUUAAACCUCAAAUCCAGCUGUGUUGGUCUCUCACCGCUCCUAAAUAACCGUAAAACCGAACGUCGCGACGAAAACGAAAGUCUCGCCAGUCAAUUCACAAUCUUCAAGAAGCCUCGUUUGACGGUCAAGAACACCACAGUACGAUCUGACUUCGCCUUUGAUGGUCUCGGAGGCACGAGCAAGAAAGAAAACACAGAAUUUCCCGUUCCGGUGAGCAGUAAUGUGCUGACAAGUGCUUCGAGUCACACACUGAAGCGAAUUCCGAGCGCGAAAUUCAAAAAAUUGACAAAAACUCCGACUUUGGGAAAAAUUGACAACUUUUUGUUGAAACAUUAG